AUGAUUGAUUCAGGAGCUACCCAUUCCUUCAUAUCAGGAUUUGUUGCUAAUGGGUUGCAUUUGCCCAUUCAUGAGUUCACACCUCCCAUGGGAGUGAAGACUGCCACCGGAGACAUUGUUUCUACUUCUUUGAAGUGCAAAGAAGUCAGAUUCAUAUUUGAGAAAGAAGACAGAAGGAUUUCCUUUGCUGCAAAAGGAGAGAAGUCAGACAGUUUGUACUUGACGGCACCGCAAUUAAAGAAGGCUCUAACUGAGGGAGAUGCGGGAUACAUUAUUUUGGUAAGAUUAGUAGGAGCCUCCAAGGAACCAACUACCAACAUUCCCGUAGUGUGUGAAUUUGAGGACGUGAGCCCAGAAGAAAUUCCUCAGUUUCCUCCAGAGAGGGAGAUUGAAUUAUCCAUUGAUUUAUUGCCUGGUGUGGGGCCUAUUUCCUUGGCUCCUUACCGGAUGUAA